GGCUAAGGGACAAUAAUGGUGUUUAAAAAAAUUACAAGAAAAGUCAAAGCCAUUGUUUCUAAGUCUUUUAAAAAGCCCUAUAAAUCUCCUCCACCGCAAUUCGAUCAGCAGCCAGCGCCACCGCAGAAAUCCUCGACAUUUCAGCCUGAAUUCUCCGCCGUCGCCGCCGCCGCCGCCGCCGCCAUGUCGCCACCGAGAGACCAGAGGCCGAUCGCCAAGCCUUUCCUCUUCCCACACGGCCAGUCCACUGUUCUCCCCGAUCCAUCCCGUUUCUUCGCCCCUGAUCUCCUCUCAAACCCUCUGCCCACAAAUUCUUUCUUCCAGAACUUUGUUCUUAAAAAUGGCGAUCAGGCGGAAUACAUUCACCCCUAUCUCAUCAAAUCAUCCCAAUCCUCUCUCACUCUCUGUUACCCGUCUCAGUUCCGAAACCCUGCGUUCAUUUACCAGAUUUUCAACGCUGAUCUCACCAUUUCCGCAUUGGAUAACCCUAACCCUAAUGCGGCUCACGUUGUUUCCUCGUUCAGCGAUCUCAGUCUCACGCUGGAUCUCCCCUCCAGCAAUCUCAGGUUCUUUCUUGUCCGGGGCAGCCCCUUCUUGACCUGUAACGUUUACAGCAAUGUCAGUAUUUCAAUUUCAACUAUUCAUGCGAUUCUUGAAUGUUCCUCCAAUGAUUCCCAGACGAAAUACACUAUUAAGCUGAACAAUAACCAGACUUGGCUUUUGUACGCCUCUUCCCCCAUUAAUUUGACCCAUGAUCUAUCCACCAUUACUUCUACAACUUUUUGUGGUGUAAUUAGGAUUGCUCUAUUGCCAAACCCUGAUCCGAAAUGUGAAGCUGUUCUUGAUCGGUUUAGUAGCUGUUACCCCACUGCCGGCCACGCUGCCUUCACCAAACCGUUUUGUUUGGAGUAUAAGUGGGAUAAGAAUGGCUGGGGGGAUCUGCUGAUGCUUGCACAUCCUCUGCAUCUCCGCCUUCUUUCCGACUCUGAUUGCACAAUUACUGUUUUGGAGGGGUUUAAGUAUAGCAGCAUUGAUGGUGAUCUUGUAGGUGUUGUUGGGGAUUCAUGGGUUCUGAAAACUGACCCCAUUUCAGUGACAUGGCAUUCGGUUAAAGGUGCAAGUGAGGAAUCGUAUGGCGAGAUAAUUAGUGCAUUGGAUACAGAUGUUCAGGCUUUGGAUGCUGCGAAUAUACAGACUGCAUCGUCUUAUUUUUAUGGUAAGUUGGUAGCAAGAGCAGCGAGGCUAGCGUUGAUAGCUGAGGAGGUGUGUCAUCUUGAUGUUAUUCCCACGAUUCGGAGGUUCUUGAAGGAUGCAAUUCAGCCCUGGUUGGAUGGGACUUUUGGAGCUAAUGGUUUCUUGUAUGAUUCGAGAUGGGGUGGACUUGUGACGAAACAAGGGUUAACUGAUACUGGUGCUGAUUUUGGGUUUGGGAUCUUUAAUGAUCACCAUUAUCACGUGGGCUACUUUGUUUACGCGAUUGCUGUGCUUUCUAAGAUUGAUUCUGCGUGGGGAAGGAAGUACAGAGGCCAGGCGUACUCUCUUGUGGCAGAUUUUAUGAACUUGAGCAGGCAAAAGAGUUCAAAUUACACCCGGUUGAGGUGUUUUGACCUAUGGAAACUGCAUUCUUGGGCGGGAGGAUUGACUGAAUUUGCAGAUGGGCGAAACCAGGAGAGCACGAGCGAGGCAGUGAACGCUUACUAUUCUGCAGCUUUGAUGGGGUUGGCUUAUGGGGACACCCAUCUUGCAGCCAUUGGAUCCACCCUUUCUGCACUGGAAAUUCAAUCUGCACAAACGUGGUGGCAAGUGAGAGAGGAUAGCAAUUUGUAUGCAGAAGAGUUCACCAGGGAGAAUCGCGUGGUGGGGGUUCUGUGGGCUAACAAACGAGACAGCGGCCUCUGGUUCGCUCCUGCUGAAUGGAGAGAGUGCCGGCUGGGAAUACAACUCUUGCCUAUACUCCCAAUCAGCGAAGCUCUAUUCUCUGACGUUCAAUUUGUGAAACAACUGGUGCUAUGGGCUCUGCCGGCUCUCGCGAGAGAAGGGGUCGGGGAAGGGUGGAAAGGGUUCGUGUACGCACUGCAAGGAGUUUAUGACAAAGCGGGCGCUUUGGAGAAGGUAAGGAGGUUAAGUGGGCAUGACGACGGGAACUCACUGACAAAUCUUCUUUGGUGGAUUCACAGUAGAGAGGAUGAUGUUGAGGAAUAUGAUAGAGGUGGUAAGUUAUGCUGGUUUCAUCACUACUGUCAUUGAGUGCUGCAACUCAUUAUAUUUAGAAACCAGUCUGUUUGGUUAUCUGAUACCACUUGUUAUUGCCUUUUGAUUUCCAUUGAAUUUCUCCAUGAAUACAGUUUAAGAGACUCUGUAUGUUCUUACAAA